UAGGACCUUUAGAGGAACAGCUGAUUCAGAAUAGCGGAAACGUGGACAGGCGAGUGUGUGAAGUAUUCUACUACCAUCGCACAAAUUUUAUCAUAUGCCAUAAUAUAAUUAUAUACUGUGAUAUAAUCAUGUGAUACAUUACGUUAUCUAUUUGUAGAUUAAAUCGCAAUUCUGGAAUUAACCCGUGAUUGAAUAAGAAGAAAAAGAAAGAUCUCGAGCACGAUGCGGGCGGCUAUCGCGAUAUUUUGCGUCUUCCUCGGCUGCUGCACUAACGUCGUGUUCCUGGAACUGCUUGUAAAGGAUGAUCCUGGUAGUGGAAAUCUUAUUACAUUUUCACAAUUUUUUAUUAUAGCCCUUGAAGGUUUUCUAUUCACAUCUAAAUGCGGUACUGUCAAACCAGUUGUAAGCGUAAAGGAUUAUUUUAUUUUAGUCAUCAUGUUUUUUGUUGCCAAUGUUUGCAACAAUUAUGCAUUUGACUUUAAUAUUCCUAUGCCAUUGCACAUGAUAUUUAGGGCUGGUUCUCUCAUAGCCAACAUGAUUAUGGGUAUUAUUAUUUUGAACAGAAAGUAUGCAUUUAGCAAAUAUUUAUCAGUAUUCAUGAUUACAACGGGAAUAGCACUCUGCACGAUUGUUAGCGGUCAAGAGAUCAAAUCCUUACAACAGAAGAAUGCAGACUAUGUGCCUACAACACCAUGGGAUGAUUUUUUUUGGUGGAUUCUGGGGAUAUCUCUACUUACAAUCGCUUUGUUCAUUUCUGCUAGAAUGGGUAUCUAUCAAGAAGAGCUUCAUAGCCGGUACGGUAAACAUGCACGGGAGGCUUUGUAUUAUACGCAUUUUUUACCUCUGCCAUUCUUCUUAACACUAGCACCCAACAUUUACGAUCAUUGGAAAUUCGCGCUCGCAUCUGAGCCAUUGAAAUUACCUCUGAUUGGUGUACACAUGCCAUCAUUAAUUGCAUAUUUAAUUGGAAAUGUUUUGACACAGUACAUCUGCAUCAGCUCUGUAUUUACAUUGACUACAGAGUGUAGCUCCCUUACAGUUACUUUGGUAAUAACGCUGCGAAAGUUUCUAUCUCUGUUAUUUUCGAUUAUUUAUUUCAAAAACCCGUUCACUAUACAUCAUUGGAUUGGUACACUACUAGUCUUUAUAGGUACAAUUAUAUUUACUGAAGUAAUACCAAAGAUUAUGCAAAGUUUACAAAAUGUACCUAAGACGAAAAAAGUGGAAUAGAGGUACAUUAAUAUAUAAAAAAAUGAGGCAAGCAAAGCACUCAUCUUUUAUCUCUAUCGAGUAUAUGAUAAAAUUCCAAAAACGAAUUCUUUAAAAUAUUUUAUAUAAUAAUGACAUUAAAUAUAGAAAAUUGCAUGUUUUUCAAACCUAAUAUCGAGAAGAUAAUUAGCCGUCCAUUGUUUACUAUAAAUUUAUAUGCUUCUCUAAAAUAGAUAAUAACAUUCGAAAUGUAGUUCUUACUACCUCAAUAAUAUAUUUUCAUAUAAUUCAAAUAAUAAAUAAAAAGGAGAAUCGUAUUUUUAUUUUCAAUUACUACAAAUGUACCUGAUCAUUUGUUGAUGUUGAUGUUGAUGUAAAUUAAAUUAUUGUUAGCGCAUAUUAU